CGUCUUGUAAAAAGAAGCUGUCAAAUGUAUGGAGAAUGUUGAAUUUUGAUUUAUUGACAUUUGUGAGUGUUUGUAUUGAGAAGAUUUCUUUCCUCAGACGAUUAAAUUUUAUCGUUGAAUUUCUGGGUGUGUGUUCAGUAUGUAAAGUGUUGAAAGACUGAUGUAUUUAUAGGAACAGUGAUUGAAUUAUACACAGGACAGGGGACGUGGACUCGAUCGAAAUAAUAAGGAAAUUCCAGACACGUCAUCCUUGCUACGAAUCUGAGAGAAACAGAUAUAUUUUUGUGAUAUAGUAAUAAAUCUUAAGAGCGAAAAUGCAUAACCGAAGGCGCAUGCAUAAUUUCACGUACGUUAGUUCGUGCGUAAAGUACAUGAUUUUCCUGCUGAACUUUAUUUUCUGGCUUUUCGGGGGAUUGCUAAUUGGCGUCGGUCUCUACGCUUUCGUCGAUAAAUGGCAGGCUACUGGAUCUGUAAGAGUAGAAAAUGUUUACGAUGUCGUUCUCAACAUUUCUCUAGUGAUGGUGAUAGCCGGAGGAGUCGUUUUUAUUGUCAGUUUUGCUGGAUGCGUUGGAGCUCUACGUGAAAACACUUGUCUUCUUAAAUUCUAUUCGUUGUGUUUAUUGGUGUUUUUCCUGCUCGAAAUGGGAGUUGCGAUAGUUGGCUUUGUGUUUCCCCACACAUUGCAGUCUUUGCUGGAAGAGUCGUUUACUGACAAAAUAAUCCAAUCAUAUCGAGAAGAUCCAGAUCUUCAGAAUUUUAUCGAUUUUGGGCAACAGGAGUUCAAGUGUUGCGGUUUAAGCCAAGAAGGCUACUUAGACUGGGGAAAGAAUGAAUACUUUAAUUGUUCUAGUCCUAGCGUAGAACGAUGCGGCGUUCCAUUUUCUUGCUGCAUAAAUGCAACGGAUAUUUCGAGUGGACUAGUAAAUAUCAUGUGUGGCUACAAAGUGCAGAUGUAUCCAGUAUCAGAGGCGAGUAAAAAGGUGUGGACCAAUGGUUGCAUUGACAUUGUGCGUAGCUGGGCCGAGCGAAAUCUUUACACGAUAGCAGGAAUUGCAUUGGGCGUGGCGCUGAGCCAAUUGUUUGUUAUCUACUUGGCGAAGACGCUCGAGGGUCAGAUCGAACUGCAAAAAUCACGUUGGCAGCACUCCUGAGGUUGACCUCAGGCCACCUACCGCUAUCACGUAAGCUCCUCCACCAGCAGGCAGGUGGCCAGUGGCCGAUCUAGGGGCCAAAAUGCCGAGGCCAGUGUGAAUGCUCGAAUGGCGUUACUCGUCCUCUUCGCGAUUUCUCUCUACGUGCUCUUCAUCCUCUCGCUGAUACGCCUCGUUCUCUACUUCAAGAACUACUUUCAUUUGUUCCUCAACAAAGAUUGAUUUCGCGACACUGGAUAAGUGGGACGCAUCGCCUUAUUGUGAUUCUCAGACUGUUCAUACCCAUUGUUCUCUCGUGUUGUUAAUGGCUCAGCGAAUAUCUAUUAACACCAACAUGUCACACGAACAGAAUUGUGAGAGCUGAUAUUUUUAUGCUUUUUAUUCGUCUAGCUCUAGGUGUACAAGAUUUACGCCGAAUUUGUAAAACUGGAACUUAAAAUUCCCUCGAAUCGAUAUUUUUGGAUAGAGUUAAAAAACGGAGGAGAUAACGCAAGACUAAUUUUUUAUAAAAGGAAAUCAUGAAUCUGAAGAUAUGAUUCGAUUUUAAGUUCUGGUUAUGGGUGUUGACACGGGUGACUCCGCUGGUCGCGAGGCUUCUAGCGGCUGUUCAAGUAUUACGUAAACAAUUUUGAGGUCACUUUUUACCCUCCUCCAGGUCAGCAAGGGAAAGAAUUUCCUCCUAGUAGGAGUAGAUUCAAUUUGUUUUAAUGUUUUGGUAUGAAAUUCAAGAAUCUUAGAUCCAAGAACUUUUAAUUAACGGACGCAGAACGUUUUCAAGCAUUAUUUGGCCUAUUCUAUAACUGAUUUUAUUUCCCAAUUUCGCUGGGGAGGGGGACCCUACAAAGUGCUUUCCUAAUACUUGAACGGCCCCUAAUAGCACAGUAGUCACCGGAAAAUUUCGGAAUUUGCAUUUUGUAUUUUAAAAAAUACAGCAGUGCGAAUCCAUGUGAAAAAGGGUGCUUUCACUUGGAAAAAUAUUUUACCGACGUUUUCCAUCACCCCGUCCGACACUCCCAAAAACCAUCGUGAUGGUUUUUGAAUGUUUCAUCUAAUUAAUUAAUCUCGACGAUUCGGGAUUUGAAGACAGCCCUUUGCCAUUCACUUCCCCCAGUUGACUUAAUCCUUGUGAUUUUUAUAUUGGUAUUGAGCCUUUGCUCUGCAUUUCUUUUUGAACAAAUGAUAUUUUCAGAUCGUAAGAUUAACAAACCUUGCCAUCGACGCUCGGCUACUGAGUAGUUUCAGUUCUAGAAAAUGGUAGCUGUUCGUUCACGCGUUUAUGGAGAAUUUGUUUACUUUUUUGGUAUUCCUUUUUUUAACGACGCAAGCACAGACAAAAAACGCACACCGGUGAUUGGCGUGUUUCUAAUUGAAUUUUCGAAUCGUAAUAAAGAGCCUUGUAAACGCCGAUAAAUUGCCCGUCUAGCUCAAAGAUUCUGGAAAGCCCCGUGCCAAAAUCCCGUGCAUAUUUUUGCCUUUAUUUCUUUUUAAUAAAUCAGACAAUAACUUCAGUGAGUGUAUGGAUUUCUUUGGUAAACGCAUGUCACAUGCAAUUUUGUAUUUUUUACCAAUGAUAAAUUAUGAGUAUUGAUGCAAUACUAUCAUAUUCGUAGAAUAUUCUUCAUAGUUUUUAAUAAACGAACAAUUACUCUAAUAUCUACGCCACUGCAGUAAAAUUAUAUUACAAAUUAUCAAAUAUGGAGAAAAAUUGUUCUUUUUUUUUUAAUAUUUCAAAAAUUUUACUUACUUUAAAAAAUCUAUCGAAUUUUAUUCUUAUUUCAUGCGAGCACAUUUUACUGCAGUGCAUCUUAUAAAAUAAUCUGUCCAGAUUUUAGUCUUUUAUUUUAAUCGACCAAAUGUUGAUCCUACUCAUUUUUAAUUAUUUUAGCCGUAAGUAGUCAAGCAUAGAUAUACGAGACUUUUGAAAAUGUUCGCUCAAAUAAAAUUUGUACUGAAAACAGC